GAUGUAUAUGAGCCUUAUUUUUGCUGCUCUGUGGUGAUUGAAUUUGAAAUUUGGAUGUAUGGAAUCAUGUUUAAGCAAUCCAAAAAUUAUGUACUUUAAUACAGCAAAAUAAUGUGUCACCAUAGCCAUUGAUUGCCGUGAAAGAAUAUGACGAGACGAGACUACAAAUAGGUCAUCGAACAUGCGCAUUGCUUAAAGUGGCGCGAAAUGAAACAUGAUGCGAACUGAAAUGGUCUUUUCCGCUUAAUCGCCACGAUUUGCAGCAGGUGACAUAUUCAAGCAUGGAUAUCAGGAACUUUUUUGGACCUGCAGCUGGGAAAUUUAAACCAAAAGAAAAGAAGGAUGAAAGAAAACCAGAGAAGCCCAAAGUAGAUGGCAAAGAACCAGUAAAACAUUCAGACAAAUCAGUGAACAGAAAACCUGGAUCAAAAGAAAAGAAAACCAGUGGUAACAAAUCUGUUAAGCCAGAUGUCAAUGAUAACACUAAAGAUUACAAAAGCCCUAAAAAGUUAAAGCAGCACUCAGAUGAAAAGACUUCUUCUAAAAAGUCUGAGAGUGAAAAAACACCAGUAGUAGAAAAUGGUAGAAGUUCAGAAAAUGGGAAAAAGAAAGAAAAGAAGACUGGCAGCAAGGAAAGUAGUGGCAAGAAGAACAAGAAAGGAAAAGAUGAGGAAGAUGAAGACAGUGUUAUGAUUGUUGAUGACAGUGACUUAAGUGAUAGAGAGAAAGAAAAAGAAAAGAAAAAAGAAAAGAAGUCUGGAUCCAAAAGGAAAAAGAUAUCAAGUAACAGUGAGGAGGAGGAGGAAAUUAUAGUAAAAAAGAGCAAGAAAAGCCGGGAAUCGAAGGCAAAGAAAACCCAUGUGAUUGAAUCAGAGCAGAGUGUAGGGGUUAGAGAUAAGGCCUUAGAUCUUUUACGAUCCUAUCUUGUUGGGAGAAUACAUCAAGUUAAUAUAAAUGGUGUGCUUUCUGAACUCUCACAGCUUUUAUUUGGUGUUCCUCAGGGGAGCGUGCUUGGCCCGCUUAAGUUUUGUGUUUACACCUUACCCCUUGGAGCAAUUCUGCGUUAUCAUAAGAUAGGUUACCACUUUUAUGCCAANCCGACCAAUGAGAGACCGUAA